GCAGCAGCCUCCUCCCGCAGUUUCAGCUCUCUGACAGCUCAUCGGACGGUCCUCUGUUCAGGAACAUUUUCACUGGGCCACAGACCGGACCGAACCGGACCGGAGGAGGCGCCUAGCAACAACCGAUCUGAGGUGAAGCAGAGCAAACCAAACAGGAAGUCACGACCACAGCUUCAGCCAUCAUGCAGCUCUUCACUCUUCUCUUCUUCUGCUCAGUCUUCCUCCUGUUCCUCGUCCCUGACUGCUCCUCCCAGACUGAGGCUGACCUUAUUGUUCAUACACGUACGGGUCGAGUUCGAGGCAUCCGUCAGCCAGUAACCGACCGAGGCUUUGUCAGCGCCUUCCUGGGGAUCCCCUUUGCUGAGCCACCAAUUGAGAAAAGACGUUUUCGUCCUGCAGAGCCGAAGCGUCCCUGGACAGGUUUGUUUGAGGCGAACGAGUACCCCAACGCCUGUUACCAGUUCGUGGACACGUCGUAUCCAGGUUUCCAAGGCAUCGAGAUGUGGAAUCCCAACAGAGAGAUGAGUGAGGACUGCCUGUACCUCAAUGUCUGGGUGCCCUCCUCAGUCAGGCCCCACAACCUGACAGUGAUGGUGUGGAUCUACGGUGGAGGGUUCUACAGCGGCUCUUCUUCUCUGGAUGUGUAUGACGGACGUUACCUUGCUCACACUGAGACUGUCAUCGUGGUCUCCAUGAAUUACCGGAUUGGUGCCUUCGGCUUCCUCGCUCUGCAUGGCUCCUCAGAGGCCCCUGGAAAUGUGGGUCUGCUGGACCAGAGGAUGGCACUGCAGUGGGUGCAGGAUAACAUCCACUUUUUUGGUGGAAAUCCAAAACAGGUGACCAUCUUUGGUGAGAGUGCAGGUGGUGCUUCAGUGGGAUUCCACCUCUUAUCUCCAGACAGCAGGUCUACUUUUACCAGGGCCAUCCUCCAGAGUGGGGUCCCCAACUGUCCCUGGGCCUCAGUCACUCCAGCUGAGGCCCGACGACGGGCCACACUGCUUGGCAAGUUGGUCGGCUGCAACGGAGGCAACGACACAGAGCUGGUGGACUGUCUGCGUAGUAAAACCCCACAGGAGCUCAUCGACCAGGAGUGGCAGGUCCUUCCCUGGUCGGCUCUCUUCCGCUUCUCCUUUGUGCCGGUCGUGGAUGGCGAGGUUCUGCCCGACACUCCUGAGGCCAUGCUGAACUCAGGAAACUUCAAGGACACACAGAUCCUGCUUGGGGUCAACCAGGAUGAGGGCUCCUACUUCCUACUGUACGGAGCACCUGGCUUCAGCAAGGACAAUGAGAGUCUGAUCUCCAGAGAUGACUUCCUGGAAGGUGUAAAGCUGAGCGUCCCACAUGCCAACGACAUCGGCCUGGAGGCUGUGGUGCUGCAGUACACUGACUGGAUGGAUGAAAACAACGGGCUGAAGAACCGCGACGCCAUGGACGACAUUGUGGGCGACCACAACGUCAUCUGCCCGCUUGCCCACUUUGCUCGCACCUACGCUCAACACCACGCCCUCAAGGCCAACGUGGGCAGCGGCUUCAACCUGAUGAACAGCGCAGGAAACGCACAAGGAGGAAUCUACCUCUACCUCUUUGACCACCGAGCAUCAAACUUGGCCUGGCCCGAGUGGAUGGGUGUGAUCCAUGGCUACGAGAUCGAGUUCGUCUUUGGCCUGCCACUGGAGAAACGACUCAACUACACCCUGGAAGAGGAGAAGCUGAGUCGACGCAUGAUGAAAUACUGGGCCAACUUCGCACGGACGGGAAAUCCCAAUGAAGGUCUAAGUGACCGGGGGAGACGCUGGCCUCUGUUCACAGUGAGCGAACAGAAACACGUGGGAUUGAACACGGAACCACUAAAAAUCCACAAAGGUCUACGCAACCAAAUGUGUGCUUUCUGGAACCGCUUCCUGCCACGCCUCCUCAACAUCACUGACAACAUUGACGAGGCCGAGCGUCAGUGGAAGGUGGAGUUUCAUCGCUGGUCCUCCUACAUGAUGCACUGGAAGAGUCAGUUUGACCACUACAGCAAGCAGGAGCGCUGCAGCGACCUCUGAGAGCCCCCACAGAGAGAAUGAACCUCAGUGAACCCUAUUUAUUUCACAACACACACUAACUCAAGCACUGUUUUUCUUUAUUUGUGUUAUUUAUUCUAUUUAUUGAUGUGUUUUUAUGGAUUUAUUUGUAUGUGUGUGCGUGUGCUAUUAAGGAAACUUGGAGGAAUUAUAGAAGAAAUGUCAUUACCUCGAACUGUGCUUGUGUUUAAGUCAGACUUACCGAUGGUUUCUUCAGUUAUCUCGUCAUUUUUAGUUUUCUGGAGGAUUCCUGUGUUCCAGAGUAUCAGGUGUUUGGUGUUGUUGGACUAAACUACAGUUUCUGUUCAUGUCUCUUUUAAAGGCGUUUUGUCCCCUUCUUCUUCUUCUUCCUCCUCCUCUUCUUUUUGUGUUUUAGGACCA